CAUGCAUAAAUGCAAAACGAGAAGGUGGUGGUGGUGUUGAGAAUAUAAUUCAUGGCCACUAUUCAUGAAGGACGUGAGAGUCCAAAGCCAGAGGGGACGAGAGUGGAAGAUGAAUUAUACAAGUACACGUUCAGUGGUGACUGGGACGAGGUGGUUUCGUUAUACGAAACAGAACGAGGGGUUCAGAGCAGCUCGAUCACGAGCUCGAACGACACGGCACUGCACAUGGCCAUCAACGAUGACAGAGAAUAUGUUGUGGAGGAGCUGGUACGAUUAAUCGUGCAGAGUCGCAACUAUGAAGCUCUCAAGAGUCAGAAUAAUAGCGGAGAAACCCCUCUGCAUCGCGCCGCUGCGAGAGGAUCGGCGAGAAUGUGCAAAUGCAUCGUAGAAGCAGUAGAUGAGAUGGGUCUAGAUUUGCUUUCUAUUACCAACAAAUUGGGCGAGACACCCAUCUUCACGGCUGCUAUUCACAAUCGGAAACCUGCCUUCAUCUUCCUCUACGAAGCUGUUACUCAUAGAUGCGAACCACAUUCGGAAAAACCCAAUCAGUUGCUUAGAAGAACCGGAGGUACGGGAGAUACCGUCCUUCACUCUGCCAUCAGGAGAGAGCAUUUUGAUUUGGCGCUCCACAUAAUCCAAAGGUGCCCAGAUCUUAUGGAAAAAUUCAAUGUCAAUGGAAUGACUCCACUUCAUGUUCUGGCCUCCAAACCUUCUGCCUUUAGAAGUAGCUGCAGCCUCCCUUGGUGGAAGCAAAUCAUAUACUACUGUAUAUAUAUUAACCCUCCCAAGUAUGAAGCUGAUCCUCCUCCUAGUUCUCAAAAAUCUCCUGAGAGCUCGGAAGCUAAGUGGCUACCAGAGAACUACUUGACAUGUUAUCAGUUCUUUUCGGAGCCGUACUCUGCUCUCAAUAAUUUUUGGAUCUCUAUGCGGACGAAGGACAAAUCCUCAGGCAGUGAAGGAAACAAGAAAAACGGAGGGGAUGCAGAGAACCCAAGGGACUUGCAUACAAAGGAAAUUGUUCCCCAAAACUAUGCUACCUGUUACGAGUUUCUGGCUUUUGUCUACGUAUUUUUAUCUGGCAUUCUAGGAUUUGCAAAGACAUAUUAUGACUUAAAGGAUGCGAAACGAAAACAUACAUGGAGCGUUCAGAUAUUGAAUGAACUCAUGGAAAAGCCUGGUAAGGCAUACGUCGGUAGUGGAGGAGAUGCCCCUGAAGGAGACUUGGAUUUCCCAAGAUUUCCAUUUGAUCGCGGUGAUAUUCAUCAAGAGGGACCUGAUAAGAAAACUCAAGAUCAGAAUGAGAAAGGAACAAGUGAUCCAGCCUUGCUGGCGGCAGCCAAGGGUGUGAUUGAAGCAGCAGAGAAAACUGUGAGCAAAUUAGCAGUGUCCUUCAACGAUACUUCAUCAGUGAACAAAAACAUAUUGCUGGUAGCAAUUAAGAACAAGCAACCUGAUCAGGAAGAAGGAACAACCGACACAGCCUUGCAGGUGGCAGCUAAGAAGGGUGUGCUUGAAGUAGUGCAGAAAAUUCUGAGCAAAUUACCAGUAUCCAUCCACGAUACCUCAUCAACCAACAAAAACAUAUUGCUAGUGGUUGAGAACAAGCAACCUGAAGUUGUUGAGGCGCUGUGCAAAUACCUGACCCAAGAAGCAAAUAAGACUAAUCUCUGGCACGACCUCGUUCAAUCACUGGAUUCUUCUGAAAAUACUAUAUUGCACUUAGCAGCCAAGUAUGAUAAAUCCAUGUCUCAUCCUUGGAAUAGUCAUGGAUCUGCCAUGCUGAUGCAGUGGGAAAUAAAGUGGUUCGAGUAUGUGAAAUCGUUGACGCCACCCCACUUUGUUUUCCUUGACAACAAAAAUGGCCAGACUCCGGAAGAAAUCUUCACUUCAGAUCAUGACGACCUUGUCAGGGACAGUGGCCAAUGGCUUAAGGAUACGUCUGAAUCUUGCUCGGUGGUGGCUGCGCUGGUCGCUGGAGUUUCCUUCGCAACGUCGAGCCAAGUCCCCGGUGGGAAUGACGAAAAGACGGGCAAACCGAAAUUAGAAGGAAAGCCUACGUUUGAACUUUUCGCAAUCACUUCACUUAUUGGGCUCUGCUUCUCUGUCACUGCGCUGAUCAUGUUCCUCACCAUACUCACUUCUCGAAAACAACCCAGAGACUUCAAGAGAAGUUUGCCGAUGAAGCUUCUGCUGGGCUUGAGCUCGCUGUUUGUGUCAAUUUCCUCAAUGCUCAUCGCUUUCUGUGCCGCACAUUUCUUCCUAAUUGAUGAAGAUUUCAAGAAAGGAGUUUUCCCUCUUUAUGCUGCCACUUGCCUUCCUGCUUCCUAUUAUGCAAUCGCACAGUUUCCACUCUACCUGGAUCAUCUGAGAGCCAUUGUUAUGAAGGUUCCCAAAUUACACCUUUAGUUUUCAUCUUUCAUAUCUUUUUUUCCCUUCUUGAAUGCCCUCAUUUUGUUGGGGGGAAAAACAGAGAUGAAAUAAUUUCUUGCUUUUUUUCUCUGUGGAUUGGAAAGUAGCAGUGUUGUUUGUGCUUAUUUGUUUCUUGAGGGAAUUCAUGACCCUACUGAAUGUCUCUGGUUGGUUCUAUUAAUGUAUGUGACUCGUUGCUGUUUUUAAA